AUGCCAAUGGGAGGAUUCGCUGCUGGUCCUGCCCCAGUUGCUGCGCCGGUUGAGGAAGAGGAUGCCGCACCAGUACAACAAGAGAAGACCUUGUUCAACCUGAAGUUGGCUUCAUUUGAUGCCGGGGCAAAACCUAAGAUUAUCAAGGAGAUCAAGAGCAUGCUGGGAUUAAGUUUGGUGGACAGCAAAAAGUUCGUCGAGAGUGCGCCAAAGAUGAUGAAGGAGGGUGUACCAAAGGAGGAGGCCGAGAAGAUCAUUGCGACAUUGAAGGAAUUGGGGGCUGUCGUUACCAUGGAAUAA